AUGGCCCUUUUCACCGACAAACCUGCAUCAUUCCCAGAAGGUCUCAAGGUUCUUGCAAUUGAUCAUGACAUCACUCUCCUGAAUUCCAUCGAGGAGAUGUGUAAUCGAUGCAAUUAUAAGGUUACCAAAUGUAGCAUGGCUUCUGAUGCCUUCAACAUGUUGGAAAGAAAGGACUGUUUCGAUGUAAUGUUGAUUGAUCCUCAUAUGCCAAACAUGGAUGCUUAUGACUUUGUCCAAAGUGUUGUCCUACAACUCAACAUUCCUGUCAUUAUGAUGGCCGUUGAUUCCGCAGAAAGUUCUAUUAUGAAGUCUAUUCAAUGUGGGGCUUGCGAAUGUUGGACUAAGCCUUUGGUUGAAAAACAGUUCAAGACCAUGUGGCAACAUGUUAUAAGAAAAGGUUUGACUGCAAACAAAGAAUAUGAAAUUGUUGGAAGCUCGGUGGUUCAAGAAAUUAGAAAACGGGGUAGAGAAGAUGAUAAUGCCUCAAAAGAAACACAGGCAAAGAAGGCCCGUUUGUCUUGGUCGCCAGAAUUGCAUCAACGAUUUCUAUGGGCUGUCAAUCAACUAGGCCUUGAUAGGGCAAUGCCAAAAAAGAUUCUGAAAAUCAUGGAUGUUCCCAAUAUGACAAAAGAACAGGUUGCCAGCCAUUUACAGAAGUAUAGAAAUUAUUUAAAGAGCUCAACUGAAGAUACAAAAGGUAGGAUGAAAAAAUUAAAGAAGAGUCCUUUUGAGACAAAAUUUAGCUUAGAAGCUACUCACUCACUGCCGGAGCAGGACCAGAGUUUUCUCCUGAAUUCAGCCACACAAUGUCGCGACAAUUGCGAUGCACAACAACAUUGGGUGGAAAUUGGUGAAUCCAACAUUACUAGCAACAUUUUUUCAGACUUGCCCAACUUGUUUCCAUAUGUUGAUGAUGAUUUAUCAUCACUAGUGUGGUGA